GAAAAAGCUAAAGAUGUUUUAAGAAGCAAACAGAUAAUAGAUGUGGAAAAAGAUAAAGAAGAAAUGCGUAAUGCUUUAAAAAUAGAUGAUCUUCAGAGAGAAAAGAACGGGAAGAAAGAUGGGGAAAAAGCUAAAGAUGUUUUAAGAAGCAAACAGAUAAUAGAUGUGGAAAAAGAUGAAGAAGAAAUGUUUGAUGCUUUAGAAAUGGAUGAUCUUCAGAGAAAAAAGGACGAGAAGAAAGAUGGGAAAAAAGCUAAAGAUGUUUUAAGAAGCAAACAGAUAAUAGAUGUGGAAAAAGAUGAAGAAGGAAUGUUUGAUGCUUUAAAAAUGGAUCAUUUUCAAAGAGAAAAGGACGGGAAGAAAGAUGGGAAAAAAGUUAAAGAUGUUUUAAGAAGCAAACAAAUAAUAGAUGUGGAAAAAGAUAAAGAAAAAAAGGGUGAUGCUUUAGAAAUUAAUGAUCGUCAGAGAGAAAAGGACCGAAAGAAAGAUAGGAAAGAAGCUAAUGAUGUUUCAAGAAUCAAACAGAGAAUAAACGUGGAGAAAGCUGUGGAUUGCAAUUUGACAAAUAAAAUCGUUAUGCAAAAUUCUCAGAUAGAGACGGAAAAAGAAGUUUAUAAUGUCAAAAUUGUUUCCAUUGGUAGGAAAGAACAAAUUGACAAAAAACAAGAAGGUGUUUCAUCGACAAAAAGCCAAGACUUUACAUCCAAAAUAAUAAAUAAUCGCGCGAAAUCAAUCGAGUCUCCUAAGUUUCGAGAAGACUUAUUUUUAAAAAAGAAAAAGAGAGACGAAGCGGAAAAACUGGCACGAAUUGAGCGGUGUCCCAUGUCUUCUGCCGAGUGUAAAAAUGCGAGAAACAUGAAAGUCAAACCAUGCGCUUCUCUCGUAAGGAAACUGGAAGCGAAACUUCGCCCUACAAAUCAAAAGGAAGAAUGGCUCGACCAAGUCAAUCAAAGAAAACAUUCUUAUCAGGUCAAGUUAACGUCAACCGGUUCGGACGCAAGUAAAAAAGAAUGCUCUGAGAACUCGGGAACGUCAUCGUGCGCGUGCCAUCGUACCUUGAAGAAAAAUACCGAUAGUUCAAGGAACCGGAAAUACUCGCGAUCAACCGAUACCGAUGAUAAAAAUGUUAAACGCGAUCUCGAACACAGGAAAGAAUUUAAGCUUCAGAAUUUUGUGUCUGUCAAGAAAGAUAAUACGAACGGAUGCGAUUCGGAGGCGUAUCGUUUAAAAAAACAGAUCCAAAAGUUUCAAGGAUCUUCCACGAAGCAGACGAUUACCUGGGGAAGUAUGUCCUUGGCCCAAACUGCACAACCCUCGGGAUACACAAAGGAUGUCGCAACUAAAAAAUCAUCCGAGAUUUAUCGGAGGAUCAUUCAGAUCGAAUCUUAUGACGAAUCGAGCGAGUCUUUGAAUGCGCAAUAUAAAUCGGUACGAAGUGGACGAUCGAUCGAUCCACGUUCCAUUUAUAACGUGUCAUUUAAGGAGAGAAAUUAUGUGAGAUCGGAGAAACCCGAGACAAAUACUUCAGAAGCUCGUACUGAUCUUACGUUUUCAAAUAAGAAAGCGAGAAGAAAGCACGAUUUGUCGCCGAAUCGCAAACUGUCAAACGAAGAACGCGAGGCUGUAGAGCUGAGAGCUUUAAGAGCUUUUAACGAACUCACUCUGUUGGAGGAUAAGAAAAAAUUGGAAGCAAAAAAGAAUCGCGAUUCAUCGCUAAAUGAACAGUUAGUGAUGGAACCUGAAGUGCCAGAUAUGAAAGUUUUCUCGUCUCACAACGAUCUUAGUUUGCUGGAAGAGCAAAGGAAAAUGGGACAUAAUUUGUCGUUCAGUGUCAAAAAAUCAAGCGUUUUAAAAAUUUCUAACAACACAUCGGAAAAUACCAAAGUUGAUUAUUACUCAACCCUGGAAAAUACGACGGAGCUGAGAGUCGAGAAAAAACACGAGAAUUCAUCGAGACAUGAAGUGCCAGAAAAAUACGAGGAACACGUUGAAACUUUGACGAGCUCUUCUCAUCAUCUCUCGGAAGUUGAUCGCGAGGAAACUGGGAUCCUUUCCGAGCUAAAUUACUCGAGACAGGCGCACAGGUCGCUGAAUCUCCGAGAGAUCACGAGAAACAUCGAGUGGACGGUUCACCCUCGGGGAAUCAUACUAACCAACAAGAAUCUGCACCGUCAGUUCUCGGAGGACGAAGGAUCCCGCGGGAGCCGGCAGCGCGAUAUCGUCGACAACAACAUCGCCAGCACGUUGCACAGCGCUUUCUUCUUCAAGCCCGAGCUCGUAACGAGGGUCUUUCGGCGUGCUCAGACGAGGCUCGGCGAGUCUCUCCCGAAUUUCCCGAAUUUCCCAACAUUCCGGCGCGAGAAUUUUAACACGGAAUUCGUUUGCCAGAUGAACAACGAAACGGUCGUGCAAUGGGAUUCGUCGUCGUUUAACCUCGACUUUGAACGGAUACCAGUUCGGAGCAAUCUUGUAAGCUCAUCGUUUCCCAGAGAUAAUCGCGUUGAGAACAAUCGCGAGUUGUGCAUAAUAUUUAUCGAUCAUGAGCGAGUCUCCAACGAAUCGGAGACAACGAUUAUAGAGGAUUCCACGGCUGGCGAGUCCCAGGAGGAUGGGCUGUCAAGUAUAGAAACUGCUGAUACGUCGAAUAUCUUUUUGAUGUGCAUAUUAAGAGAUUUUGGGGUCGAAGUGUCGGAGGAAAGUGACAUCAUGUCGUCGGUUGAGCGGAUCGAAGAAUACGAAGACAUAAGUAACGUGGCUGUGAAUAAUGUCGAUUUUGCAUCUUCGCAUUCUAAUACAAACCCUGAGGAAGAAGAUGAUGACAAGCGCGAUACAAUUUCGUUAUGUCAACAGAUUUCGAAUUUAAAUGACAGUUGCUCGAAUGACGUCAUGUCAUCUGUCAACUUGCCGGAACAUGAUAAUCCUCCCAAUUUGCCGGAUAAAAAAUAUUUAGACGCAAUCAAUAUUUCUUCUGAAAAAAGAGUAUAUGAGAAUAAUUUGUCUCUUAAAAGAGUUGAUAGUGAUACGAUGUCGCAAUUAUCUGAUAAUAAUAAUAAUAAUUUAUUUGUUAAUAAAAGCGAGAAGAAUAUAUUUAAUCGCAUUCCCGAGAAUGUUUCGCAAUUGUCUUUUUCUGAUUUGCCAUCAUUAAUUAAAGAGGAUCAAUUUAAUCAAUCAAUUGAAUUAAAAUCAAAUAACAAAGAAUUACAAAAAUUGACACAAUUUUCGGAGAGCGAAGCUAUGUUAGAAAAUCAGAGAAAAGAGUCAGUGAUUAAUUCGGUAAUUACAAAUUACGAUACAAUAUCGCAAUCUGAGAAUGUCACAAUCCUAAAUUUAUUAGAAACGAUAGCACUGAACGACGCAAAAAACGAUGAUAGAGAUAUUUAUGAAAAAGCAAAUUUAUCUUCGACUCAUCGAAUUCCCAAGAUGAAUCAAGAUGAGUGGCUAAGGCACGACGAUAGCUUUUAUUCUAUGGACGAGAGAGACAAUGACAGUAUGAAAACAGUGGUCUCAAUGGGAAAUGGCAGUUUGAUGGAAGAGUUUUCAAACAGUACUAUACCUCUGGGAAUGUCUUCAAACACUUCUAUUAGAAGUUCUGCACAUUCUUAAUAACGGAAACUGUGUAAUUUAUCUGUUUGAUAUAACUAAAAAUUAAUUAUAUAAUGUAAAGAAGAAAGACAUUGUGAAAUUAUUAAGAUAAAUUGUAGUUUUUGCCAUUAAAAAUAUAAAUUUUUAUCAUUUGUCAAUCACAAAAGAAAAU